AAGAGAGAGGCCGCGAGAGAUUAGUCGAGAAAUUGGAAGUUUUACUCUGUAAACUGGUGCUCGGUUUGCCGUUUUUGAAGUGCUGAGGGCUUUAGAGGGCUGUAUCACAGCUACUGGCUGUGUUUUUGGUUUGCAUGCGAGGAAGUUUAUGUCGCAUUAUGGAGCAUCCGUUUCAUGGAAUGUUGUUUUGAAGUAGCUUACUUCUUACUUCGCUCACGGGAAGCCCGAAGGUUUCUACGUUCGACUCCGAUAGUUGCGCCGGAUGUGUUUGCUGGAUGAUUCUGUGUCGACGCCCAUUGAUCAUUAGAAUAUCAAUUCACGAGUCGUCUAUUUUCCAGAUAAUAAUAAUAGGAAUUUACGUGUGUAAAGUGCGGUGUUCGCCUUUGUUGAAUUGGACGUAGCGUUCGGCGGCCCAUAUGUCAGUCUAAUAUUGAAGUUCCUUUUGGAAGGUCAAGGCAGUUUUUACUCCUUCGUUGAUCUGUGAUUUGGUUAAGAGUUUAGCAUCGGUUAUUUUGAGAGUUUCUUACCCCAGAAGUGCAACGAGUUAUUCGUUAUUUGGAAUACAAACGAUUAAUUACGAAUUGUCAACUGGAGUAAUUUAUUUCGACGUGCUCAAGAAUUGCGACUUUCUUCUGUAUCCAGCACAAGUUUACUAGUUGCAUUGCUGACUGUACCCUGUCUGUGCUGGCUCUUCAUCAUGGGUUAAAUUUAGCCUUUGUUCACUAACAUAUGGCUUCUAUUAGAGGCAGCGUUGAGGAAAGUGAACUGGCUUGGCAACAAAAGAAAGACAUUGGACAUAACCCAGGAUAUCUCCCACCCUCCAAGUUGAUAAGUUUGCAGCGUCAAAGCAAUGGAUUUGGAUUCACAUUGCGACACUUUGUUGUUUACCCUCCAGAACUGAUAAGAAAAACAAGUGAGCCUGACCCAGGUGUUAAUGGCAUUGAUCAUCAUGUUGAUGAUGCUGAGCGGCAAAAGUCAGAGCCCAUGGACACAGUCUUUGUGCGACAAGUUGCGCCUAGUGGACCUGCUGACAGGGCUGGACUUUCCACAGGUGAUCAAAUUGUUUCCGUCAAUGGCAAUCCAGUAUUGGGAAAGUCAUAUUCACAAGUGAUUGAGCUCAUAGUUUCAAGCCAAGAACUCUUGGAACUAGGCAUCAUUCCAAAAGAAGAUUGUGUCCUUCAAAUGGUGACUCCCACACUGUCCUCUAUUCCAUCAAGCAUAUCUGUUAGGUCACAUGAAUUCACCAGUCAGUCACCACCUCCUGUCAAGCCCAAACCAGUGUACAGAAGACUGUCAAGUCAUGACAGCCCAACAAGAGUCAUGUCUACUAUGACCAUAAAUCCAGCAAACUCAUUCCACCUGAAAUUGUCUGACAAAGAUUCUCAGAGCUCUGCAGUUUAUGAUAGGGGUAUUCCUACUCCAAGUGUCACUCUUAGGCGUGGUUCUGUGGACAGGACUGCAAUGGAGAACAGGAGUUUUGUUAUCACCUCGGAGAGCAGUGCUUACAAUAAUAAUUUAAAGUCGAGAAGUUCAAGCACUUUGGAAAGUAGCUCUGUGAAAUCCCCUCAUAUGGAUGGCUCUUAUUUUAUGGCAGCCACCGAUUCCACUGGGAGGCCUCUUGCUCUUCGUUUUGACAAAGGUUCCAAAAUGGGAAACACUCUAACAGUCCUGGAAGAUUCUUGGACUAAGAGCCGUUCUCAUUCUCUUCCAGUGGGAGAAAUGCAAGGGCAUGAAGAUCAAAACAGGAGCCCUGGUGGAAUAUCUGAGCCAGAGAAAGUCAGUUCUGUAAAUGACAGGUUUGGAUCAAAAAGUAAAGAACAUGGUUCAGUUAGCAUACCCCCAUUCAUGCUGUCGGCACCUAGAACUGUGGCUUCAGAUAGCCCUUCAACAACGUACAUGAACACAAGCCCUGACAUGGGGUCUCGUCAGCCAGUGGCAACAGAUCCAGGUUACAGGAAGAGUCGUCCUUCCCAUGAGGAGACCACAUCAUAUCUAAUCAGAACUAUUGCGUCUCAUAUGAACAAGAAUAGUCCAGUGGGGUUGAAAUCAUCAACAAUGGGGGCCACACUUCUUGAAAGUAAAGAAGGGCUGCCUCAUAGACAGAGUGGUGACACUGGGAGCUGGUCAUCACAAUCAAAUUCUGAAACACACAAAGACACAGAAUCUCCUCAUCCAGCCAAAGUGCCACGGCAGAGUGAGGACCAUGUGAAACAAGCUGCAUAUUCAAGUCAGCUAUCUGUUUAUCCAAACAAGCCCCCUUUUGAUGAGAUGACUGUCACGCGAACAGUUGGACAUGCUGUAUCUGAACCAGACCCAUCUGCAGCAAACAAACAAGGCAGUCCAAAGCCACGUCGGGUUUCGUAUCUAAUGGCAACCUCCAAAGGUCCUUCCUCUUCUUCUCCAUCCGACCAGAAAAUUUGGUCCACAGCUCCUCAAAGCAAGGGAAAGUCACCAUUGGUUGAAGCAUUUUCUAAUAUGUUACCACCAGUUAUGGUACAUGUUUCAUCUGGAAUGGAGCUCUGUGAGGACGUGAAUGAGGAUGAAGGGAUGGACAUUCCUUCUAGUGAGCAGGAGGACGAGGUACAGUGCCAGCCAGAUGUGUUUUCAGGCACUGGUGAUGAAAAGUCUUCCAAUGAGGGUACAGCCCAAAGAACAAACAGACGUAUCUCCUAUGUCAUGGCAACGUCAUCUCCAACAUCUAAACAUGAAGCAUCACUGGAAGCUACCAAGGAAGAUGAGGAAACCAAAGAUAGAAAUGAUCAAGUUCCAGGAAUAUCAGAGGUGUGCAAGGAAGGUCUUCUUUAUAGAAAAGUAGCAGUGGUGGAUGGAGGCAAGCGCUCAAGUGCACGGUCUUGGAAACCUGUGUAUGCUGUUCUCAGAGGCCAUGUUCUCUAUUUGCAUAAAGAUAAACACUCUGCUCAUCAGGAGGACAGUUCUGAUGAACAGCCCAUCAGCAUCAAGUCUAGCAUUGUGGACAUUGCCCAUGACUACACAAAAAGAAAGAAUGUUUUCAGAUUGACAACAUUCAAUGGAUCAGAGUUCUUAUUUCAGAGUGAAGAUGUUGAGUCCAUGAUGUCUUGGAUUUCAGCCAUUCAGGCCAACAACAACCCAGAUGAAGAUGAAAAUGGCGUGAGUAGUCAGAGUUUGAUCAUCAGAAGGAUGAAAACGGUGGAACAAGAGACUUCUGGUACAACCGCUGCUUCGUCUGGUCACAAAAUGUCGCCUCCAGUGAACACCAAGAUACACAGCCUUGGAAUAUCAAACAUCAAGAAGAGCCUGUCAUUCAAGAACAUUACCGCUGGACCGAAAGGUGAAAGUGGGAAAAACCAUGGAAACAAAUCGACCAACAAGCGGAAGAAACCUAAACACCCAAAUAGUUAUCCAUCAGGGCACUCUGUUGGCGUACCACUAGAGCUGUGUCCAUCAUCCAAGGCUAACAAGUUUGUGCCUCUGAUCGUGGAACACUGUUGUGAGGUGGUAGAGAAAAAGGGACUGGAGACUGUUGGUGUCUACAGAGUUCCUGGAAAUUCCGCUGCUGUCACUGCUUUACAAGAAGAGCUCAACAACCGAGGGAUCGAAAAUAUUUGUCUCGAGGAAGAGAGGUGGAAUGAUGUCAAUAAUAUCACCAGCCUCAUGAAACUCUUCUUGCGGAAGUUACCGGAGGGUCUUGUUACUGCAGAUUUGUACGAUGGAUUUAUUGAAGCCAAUAAGAAGGAGGACCCUGUUGAAAGGAUGUGGGCGAUAAGAUCCAUGGUGCAAGAAUUGCCUGAUUAUAACUUUGAAACACUCAAAUCACUUGUGAAUCAUUUGAAGUUGGUGUCAGAUAACUGUGACAAGAAUAAGAUGGAAGUACGUAACCUGGCCAUUGUGUUCGGCCCAACCAUCAUUAGGACUGGGGACGACUCUAUGAUGGCUAUGGUGAAAGACAUGUCGGACCAGUGUCGCAUAGUUGAAACACUUAUAUCUGAAUGUGAUUGGUUUUUUGAGGAGUCUGAAGGUGAUGAAUGCCCAGUGAAGGCCCUCCCACAAGGUCAAGAAACACUGCAAGAGCAUAUCCUGUCUCAAAAUGUUCUGAGCUCUUUAGGACAGGUUGCUGUAAAUUUCGGAGAUGAUGGGUCAUAUAAACCGAAGUCCAGCGGAAUAUCUCUUCAUAUCCCAAAGUUCCGAAGUGGUAAAAGUUCAAAGUCUGACUCGGGCCAGGGCAGCUCCUCCGAUGGACCGCUGUCCGAUUCACAGGGAUCCGAGGGUUCGCCUCCUCUCGAAAGAUCGCCGGUGGUCAGAGCUUUGUCAGGAGACGGGUCGAGAUCUAACUCGCCCACCAUGGAACGAUCAACAAGAUUUAGCAGCAAGAGGAGUACAGAGAGUGCCCCGGGCUCUCUCCAGUUAGUGUUAGACCCUCCAGACGCAGAGUUUAGAGCUAAAGGAGCAGGUUCACUUAAGGCGUAUUCAUACGCAAUGCCGCCCCCUCCGUCGUAUCGACGCGUUAACCCCCAGAAAAGGUCAACCAGUCCCGGAACACCUGAGCAGUCGCUUUCACCUUUGGAUGUCACCUUUACCGUGGUGCAGGAUACAGAGGCAAAGAAGUCGGCUGACGAACCACCCAGUGAUCAGGACAACACCCCCAAGCCGAGCUUCUCUUCCUUCAGUGAAGAGACACGCCGAAGGCUGCUGAGGCUUAACCUGCAGAAGAAAGCUGCGGAGAAAAGGCGACAGAGUGAAGAUAGGGGGGUGACAUCCCCCACAUCACCGCCUGGUGAAAGGAUUGAUGACGUAUCGCGUGAACGGAAGAUGUCGGAUCAGGGCGUGUUUGAGAGUACUGAUCAGCUGAGUAGCAGCAGCACUAGCCGAAGUAGCAGUGCACAUAGCAGCAAGAACCCGUCGCUAGACUCGCUUCACGUUACUGUUCAGCCUCAUCCUGAUAAGAAGGCUAGUAUAACUCUUCACAGCGAAGCAGCGCGGAUAAACAAUAGCGUGAAGGCGAUGUCUUUUGCAAACGAGGUGGUACAUCACGAGCCAACGCCAAGAUCCGACGAAACCGUGGUGGCUGUUGUAGGGCGUGGAGUAGUGUCUGGGACACUGAGGCAGUUUGAAUCACCUAGGAGGCCAGCUCGUCUGGAUCUCAAGACAAAACGAGACAGUGCUGAAGAGCACCGCCUGGCCAGGAGAUCUCUGGGAUCUGAAGAUAGCAGUGAUGCAUCCAGCGACGAAGGAAACGAAUGCGCCAUCAGCAUGUCCAAGACGUUUGACGAAAAGCUACGGAUUUUACUGGAUGUAGAUAACACAUAUGGAAAUAAAGAAAACAGAGUCGAGGCACAAAACUAUGAGAAUAGAUCCUCUGUGAGAAGCGAACCUCUGAAGAGACCAAUCCCAAGUGGCGUAGAUACGGCACAACGGCGAUCAUCCGAUGAACCUGGUAGAAUUUACAAGAUUGUUGGAGUGAGCCCUUCAACUGAUUCUCAAGGAGAAGGGUUUCACACAAGGAAUUCUGAAAAAAAUACAACUCCAAGGAACGCCGAAAAUCCUGUAAUAGAGCGGAAAUCGAACAGUGUAAUAGAAAUAAACACGAGUAAAUAUUUCACGGUUCCUUCAUCAGACGAGCGGCCAAGGUCCCAGCCCUCCUCUCCACCGAGGAGGGUUAGCGUUGAAAGCACACCCGAAGUUUCGUCCAGAAAGGUGGGUACGUUACGGCAGAGAUUUGAGAGCACCUCAAGUAGACUGUCCGAUGGUAAUACAACACCUCGGAGUAGCAGCCAAAAUAGGGGGAGAGAUUCUCCAUCUUCCCUUGCUGCUCGGAGAAAGAUCGGAUCAGUUCAUACAACGACUCCGGUUUCGUUGAAAGAGUUUAACGUCAAACCAAGUGUUACAAAGACUCCGGGGGGUCAGCCUGUUCAAGUGCCAAGGGGCCAGAGGGGCAUGCAACGAGAAACAGCACAGAGAUCACCAGAGAGCAGAACGGUGAGCUCGAGGAAUAUUCGGCUCGAGUCCAGCCCAGCGAAACAUUUAUCCACAUCACCAGCUAGAUAUAGCUCAGGAAGAACUGAUAGCGGCCUCGACUGGAAUGUGCCACGGUCAAGAAUGAAUGUUUCUCUAGUCAACGAUAGGUCAAAAGGGCCGCCGGUUGUGAAUAAAACGCAUGCAGUGCCCAGAGUUGUGAGUAAAGAGUAUGGAACCAAAUCUAAACUCUUAUCGCAUAAGGACUCUGCGAAAGAGCUACUGCCUUCCAAGGCUAGAAUAUCGUCAAGGGACGGUAGAGGUUCUCAGACCCAGCGUAAGCUGGAGAAGGAUGCACAACACAUCGCUGAAUUGCUAGAGGAGAUGCACAGCGAGCGUCAUCUUCACUUGUCUCGUCAGCAGUCAGACAUAUCAGGAGAGGCGCAGAAAGCCGCUGCUCAGCGUGCUGCUUUCCGCAGGCGCAGGCGGUCUCUGGGAGAUGAUAACAACCCUACUCUUGCACUACAGAGGCCGACCUCACCUGAGCAGGAAAAGGAAAGUUUGCCUGUUAACAAAGGAUGGGAAGGUAGUCAAGGAAACUACCGCGCAUGGCCUCGUGAAGUUGACCCAAGACCAGGUAGCUCGCAGCGCGGAAGCCGUGGUGUUUACACUGUCACGAGCUGACCUACGGACAAAUAAGACUUCUCAUAUGACAUAUUGGUGAUGGAUAUAGUUCAGCUGACCCAAAUUAUCUUCUUUCCCGUUUGACUCUUUGAUCCUUUCUUUUAGCCGUUCGAAGCUGAAAUACUUCAGUGUUCCUGGUUUUUUAUCAGCACGCUGGAGAAGUAUAUAUCUGUUUUAUUUUGAAAAAAACUUAAUAAUUAUAAUGCAAUUAUUUCUGUAUUAUUUUGCUCAAAUUAUUUUAGUUAUUUUUGCAAUGCUGCUUUUUAAAUCUUUUUCCAUCUUCUAAAACUGUUGUUGUAUGUUACUGUAUCAUAAAACCUUUAAUAAGCAGCGGAAAAUGCUUGUCCUGUGAAAAAUUGAUUUCUACUUUCCAUUUGGCAUGUUGUUGUAACAAAAACACGAAGAAUACAGAACGAGAUUGAGGGCAUAUUUUAACUUCUAAGGACAUGUUCCCUCCUAGGAAUAGUAAAAGUUAUUGCUAAUAUAUUUCCUUCAGUAUCAAGGGAAAAGUAUUGUGGUUGUAAACAGAGGAUCAAAUUUUAAAGACUUUGUUGUACAGAAAAAAAUUUUUACAGCUAGCUCGUUUAUUACGUUUCUUGCAUAUUUUGAUAUGUUGCUGAUUGUAUGACGCGACUUGCUGGACUCGUAAGUCUGCUGUACAUUACAGACCCUUUAUUUUAUGAAAUUUUUACUUUUUUUUUUUGAGAAAUGGUUCAAUUGCUACUACAACUUCUAUUUCCUCAUAUGUAACAUAAAGUUAUUUUAUAGACUAAGUGCUAUUCUUUAAAAUUGAGGUGCCCUACGUUUAAAAACAAAUUCUUAAAGUAAAAGCUUACAAGACUGCAAAUAAUUACAAGUAAGAGUCACAUUCCUUGACAAGGCCUAGAAGGUUUCUAUUUUGACAGCAUUAUUUUUAUAUCCCAACUGUGCAGUGUAAAGUUUCUAUAAAUUUCAAUAUUCCCCUUGCAAGCGCGUAGCUCUAUAAGUUUUGUAUAGUUUGUUGUCAAGGGUGUAUUCUUAUAUCAAUAUAUAGAAGUAUUUGUGCCUUAGUGUGAAAAGUAAUGUGGACGAUUGGGGCUUGACAAUAAUUAUUAUAAUUAAUGUUUUCAUUUCAGAUAAAUUGGAUGGAGUAAGUGUCGGGUAAGUCGUGAAGAUAGGUCCAUGUUUUCACUAAAAAUGUCUUCUCUGAAUAGUGCUGCGUAAAUUUAUGGGGGGAAAAAUGUUUCUGCCCCUUGUUGUUUCCUGAGCUUGUUCCUUUUUUAAACUUUUUAGUUUGUAUUUGUUUGAAGAAUUUUUAUAUUAAGGGAAUACCUAGAUCCUCGAAGCCCCCAAGUACAAAAGUUCAGAAAUCAGAACGCUAUCACUCGUAAAAUAUAUAUCAGAAUUUUUUUGAAAUGAUAGUUAUUAGGCUUCGCAUUUCGUGGAAAUGGACUUGUCUUCACGAUUUACUUUUAGUAUUUUCUCAAAGCUAAAUGCGAGUGUGAAUUGCGGGCGAAUUUAAUGUCUGUUUUAUACUGUAAUUUAUUUACAGCGGAUUGAUUAAAAAUCAAAUGUAUUUUAAGUAUA